GCCGCACCCCCUGCACACGGUACCGGUCGCCGUCGAAGCUGGGUGCACGGAGGACGCACUGUGGCCUGGAAAGGUUUUGCUGGCGUAAAAAGAAACAGACGGUUCCCAGGUCCUGCUCAGCUCUUCCCAACGUCAGCGAAGCCAUGGGAACCUGCCGCGCCCAGUGUGUCCUGCUCGGCUUUCUUCUCAUCGCCUCGCACUGGACGCUGGUCCAAAACAUCUCCUGCGAGGUGAGUCAAACCCUGAGUCUGGAAGACGACCCAAGCCGUACCUUUAACUGGACUUCACAGGCCGAGAUAUGCAAUCCUGGAGAAUUUUGCCAAGAAACGGUACUGUUGAUUAAAGCAGAAGGAACCAAGACCGCCAUCUUGGCCAGUAAGAGCUGUGUCCCUCAAGGAACAGAGACAAUGACGUUCGUCCAGUACACCGCGCCUCCUGGACUGAUCUCCAUCUCUUACAGCAACUACUGCAACGACUCCCUCUGCAACAACAAGGAAAACCUAGCGUCAAUCUGGCGAGUACCAGAGCCCACAGCAACCACCAACAUGUCAGGAGCCCGCCACUGCCCAACAUGUCUGGCCCUGGGGCCCUGUGCCAGUGCCCCCUCUAUGCCCUGUGCCAAUGGCACAACUCAGUGCUAUCAAGGAAGACUUGAAUUCUCUGGAGGAGGCCUGGACUCCAUUUUGCACGUUAAAGGCUGCACCACGAUGAUCGGCUGCAGACUGAUGGCCUCGAUAGUCUCAGUGGGACCCAUGACAGUGAAGGAGACCUGUAGUUACCAGUCACUCCUUCAACCCCGACUGGCAGAAACCGGGGCCUCCUGGAUGCCCACCUCAGUGUGGGUGCUGGAGCUGCUGCUUCCAGCACUGCUGCUGCCCCUCACCCACUGCCCCUGAGAGGACACUGGGGGUCGGGGAGGCCGUGGCCCCAGGCACUGGGCCUUUGGCCAGGAGGGAGCCUUCUGUCUGCUGAUACCAAUUGGAAGAAAUGAGGGUGGAGUUGAAGAACGGAGAACGUGGGUGCAUGUGCAUUUGAUACAAAUAAUAAAAUUAGUGAUUUGUUAUUAAA